AUUUUGCGACAACCGUUUCGAUUACUCGGUGAAAUAAGUCGACACUAUCGAUUCGUCGAUAGCACGAGUUCCGAAAUUUCUUCCCUUUUUCUUCACCGGCCAGGAGCCAUUUUAGCGGCGUGUGGUUACGGAAGUAAGUAUUCAAAAUGACGUCCCACCUUUCUUGGAUGGUCAUCCGCAACAACAGCGCUUUCCUGUUGAAGAAGCGUGGUGUGAAGAAACCCUUCAGCACUGAGCCCCUCAACUUGACUGGCCUGAACUCCUACAAGUACAAUGGUCUCGUCCACAAGAAGGUUCUUGGCAUCAACGCCACUGCUGACAACAAGGGAUUCGUUGUCUCCCACAAGAAGGCUAACAAUGAACGCUUCCCCGUCAAGUCUCAUGUUAAGACUACCUUCAAGGCUGGAGCUCGUCGCUCCCUGUACAAGUUGAAGAACUUUGUUGGAAAGAACAAGUACCGCCCUGAAUUGGUCAAGCCUGCCCUCAGGAAAGCGAGUGCCAUCCUCAGGUCCCAGAAGAAGCCCAAGGGUCCCAGGAAGGCGAGGGGCAAGAAGCAGGAGUAACUUAAAAUAAAAUUUCUAUAAAUUCAA